GUGGCUCAUCAUGUCAGACGAUCUCGCAGCUGCGAGAAAUGCUGUAUCGCGGAUCCCCCUGUUAAAGACGGGCGCAGGACCCCGGGACGGCGGACAGUGGGUGCAAAGGUUGAAGGAGGAGUACCAGGCUCUAAUACAGUAUGUAGAAAACAACAAACAGGAUGAUAAUGACUGGUUUAGACUGGAAUCGAACAAAGAAGGAACAAGAUGGUUUGGAAAGUGCUGGUACAUCCAUGAAUUGCUCAAAUAUGAAUUCGAUAUAGAGUUUGAUAUUCCUGUAACAUACCCUACAACAGCACCUGAAAUUGCCAUACCAGAACUGGAUGGAAAAACUGCCAAAAUGUACAGAGGAGGAAAAAUCUGUCUCACAGAUCACUUUAAGCCUUUAUGGGCAAGGAAUGUGCCAAAGUUUGGCCUUGCACACCUCAUGGCACUAGGGCUUGGUCCAUGGCUAGCCGUGGAGAUUCCUGACCUGAUCGCUAAAGGCUUGAUUGAGUACAAAGAUUCACAGACAAAGACUGCCUAAAGAGGGAGACGUGCACUUAGCAUUUAAUAAUGGUCAUCAACACUUUUGGCAGGAUUGGAAAUAUGAUUGGCAAAAAAAGAACCAAAUAAAUCACAGUCCUCUUCAUAAGUACCAUCUUCUGCCAUAGCAGUCUCCUCAAAAGUAGAUUACUAGGAAGACUUUUCUCCUUGAUGUAAAUGAAGGGUGACUGGAGUGGAAGGGAGCAGUUUAAUAAAGAGAGAAAGAACUCCAGCUUUUCUCAUUCAAGUGGUAGCCAGUUUUGACUUUUUAGUUUCAGUUUCUGACCUAUAUUAUACUGCAGAGUAUAAACAGCAGGAACACACACGCGCACAAUCACACUGGUUUUCUGAACUAGUUCCAAGUUGUCACAGUUUGGGUGUAUCAAUGUUUAUAAGGUGAAACACUUUAUAGGAAGGAGGUGAUUGCUUUGUCCCCUUUCAGCUCCUGUACUUUCCUCCAGCUGCAGAUUCAUUGGUUGCUUACAUGACGCACUGAUUUUUGCUGGUUAAUGUGAAGUGAAAGUGAAUGACUCAGUAUAUUUCUAAACUCCCGUGUUGCCCAUUUCUGUGUUCAGCUGGAGCAGUGAGACACUUGUUCCCUCACAUGUGCAGGUUUUUAUAGUAAUAUGCACAGCAGAGGUUGGAGUACCUUUUUCUGGCUCUUGAAUCUCUGUCCCUCGGUAGAAGACGCAAAAACACCAUAUCUGGUAUCCAUUUUACAUACCAUGUAUUUUGUUUUAUAAAACUUGCCCCAGUAGAUCAGAACCUUGAAGUAUUUUCCACUCCAGACCUGAGUUUUACUCUCUGUGUUUCAUGGUGACUGAAGAAUCCUUUAUGCCUGAAACUGUAAAAAUAAAUUUAUUUAAAAAUUUUGAAAGACAGUAAAUUGAUGUAAACUUGUUGAAAGACACAGUGUAUUUGGCCUGACUCUAAUAAUCUCAGUGAUGAUAUUCUGUGUUCUGGUUUUCAUCUUUCGAACCUUUAAUACAAGCAGAAUGAUAAAAGGCUGCUAUUUCCGCCUAACAAGAAUAAACCAUGAGGGCAAUUGUUAUGCUUUA